AUGUCGAUAGUCUCGUUGCUAGGUAUUGAGGUGUUGAACAAUCCCGCCAAGUUUGCAGACUCAUACGAAUUUGAAAUCACCUUCGAAUGCUUGGAACCGUUGAAAGAAGAUUUGGAGUGGAAGUUGACCUAUGUGGGUAGCUCAAGAUCGCUAGAUCACGACCAGGAGUUGGACUCCAUCCUUGUUGGUCCUGUACCCGUAGGAAUCAACAAGUUCUUAUUUCAGGCUGAUCCUCCUUCUCCAGAAUUAAUUCCUGCUAGUGAGUUGGUCAGCGUUACUGUCAUCUUAUUGAGUUGCUCGUAUGCUGGACGAGAGUUCGUCAGAGUGGGAUAUUAUGUCAACAACGAAUAUGACUCGGAAGAAUUACGUGAGAAUCCUCCAGCCAAGGUACAAGUGGAGCAUGUUGUUCGUAAUAUUUUGGCCGAGAAGCCCCGUGUAACCAGAUUCAAUAUUGUGUGGGACAACGAAGACUCCAACCCUGAUGAGUAUCCUCCAAACCAGCAAGUAGAUGAUGAAGAGGAGGAAGAAGAGGAUGAAGAUGAGGAAGAGGAAGAGGAGGAAGAAGAAGAAGAAGCUGAAAAUGAAGACGAAGAUGAGGAUUUAAAUGAUGCUGAGGAAGACAUUGAAGAAGAUGGAGAAGAGGAUAUUGUCAUUGAAGAUGAUGCUGAAGGGAAACCCACAGACAAGGAUGAAGGUCUUGAGUCGCAAGGAGGCAGCGGUGCAGCCACUCCGAAAGACAAGGCACAGAACUGA